GACAACGCUGUUUUGUAUGUGAUGUGUUGAUGUAGCCGAAUAAGAGAGGAAGUUAUAAAUGUUGCGCGUGUUGACGAAGCUGGAGGGAAAAGCUCCAGGUUAUUCCCAUUGUGCUACACUUGUAGUGUAUUUGACAUGUUGGUUCAGAAGCAAUAUAGUUUCACGAAAUAAGGCAUUGUUUGACAGCAAACGAUGCAGUCGCGUACUCAGGUCUGAUUAUUGGGACGUGCGAUUAGCGUAUAUGGGAUCACUGAGUCUUAUACGGUGUAUUGAAGUUGGUGCUAAAAUAAAACUACUAUGAGUGCAUACAGGUCAGAACAGACGUGAUGAACAAUUUACUGCUUUCCGGAGCUGUUUAAUUUCUUUAAUGUAGCUAGUAAUGGAGACGGAGUCUGUGAAGUCGGCUGUGAGCGAACAGAGUACCAGAUCCAGGAGAUCGCGAAGUCAUACUCACAGGAACAACCACAGACUACAUAAUAAUCAUAGCUUAAGGAGCAGCCGAAGUAACAGGAAAGCAGAGGAUUCUAUGGCACCCUUCCAGACGUCUGUCACUCUUAGAGAUGAAAAUCGGGGUGGUCAGGAGGUGAUUGAAGUCCAGAUUCUUCCGCAGGAUGACAACUGGGGCGAAAACACUACUGCCUUGACAGGCAACACUUCUGAGCAGUCAGAUGCAGAGGAAAUGGCUGUGAGCCAGUGGAAUGGAGAACCUGACACAGGCUUUAGUUUCAUGUGUCAUCGGUAUCUGGGAUCUGCCCUUACUGGAUUUGUGUGUGUUGCAGCUUUCCUCAGUCCCCCUGCAAUGGUGGUAUUACCACGACUGCCAGGGCUGUUACCGAUGCCACUUCUGCCUAGUCACCAGCAGUCAACACUGGCAUGUGGCACUGAAUGCAAGGGUUUGCUUCUAGCUCUUGCUUUCAAGUUAGUGAUACUGGCUGUCGGUGCAUGGGCACUCUUCCUCAGGCGACCACCCAGAGCUACUAUGCCUAGAAUAUUCCUGCUGCGGGCAGCAGUCAAUGGACUAGUGUUAAUUUGCACGUUUGCUUACUGGCUGUUUUAUGUUGUGCAGGUCACAGAGGGUGGACUGACAGGUGGAGAGGCAGUAGAAUACAGAGGUCUUGUAUCUUAUGCUGGAAGUUUGACGGACACACUGUUGUUCAUUCACUAUUUGGCUGUCGUAUUAGUAGAACUUCGACACUUGCAGCCUAUGUAUUACAUUAAGAUUGUACGAAGUCCUGAUGGUGAGAGCCGUUCCUAUGCUAUUGGACAGCUAAGCAUUCAGCGUGCAGCUGUUUGGGUGUUAGAACAUUACUACACUGAUUUUCCUAUAUAUAAUCCAUAUCUGGAACGGUUACCAGUUUCAAAGUCGCACAAAAGUGGCUCAAGUUUUAAAUUCUAUGAUGUAGAUGGAAUCAACAACACUUCAGUGCAGAGUCAAUCUCGGGCAGUGCUGGCAGCACAUGCUAGGAGAAGAGACUCUAGCCACAAUGAACGUUUCUAUGAGGAACAUGACUAUGAGCGGAGGGUGAAAAAACGAAGAGCACGGCUGAUAACAGCAGCCGAAGAAGCAUUUACACACAUCAAGAGGCUGCACAAUGAUCAGGGAGAUGCGUUAAAUAGGCAUGUUCUGGCAAAUACAGUUCCAGCAAUUCCAAUGGAUCCACAUGAAGCAGCCCAGGCUGUUUUUCCAUCAAUGGCACGGGCAUUACAGAAAUACUUGCGCAUCACCCGGCAACAACCACGGCAUUCAGUUGAAUCUAUUUUAGCUCACUUAGCAAAGUGUUUAAGUCAUGAUUUCACACCCAGGGCAUUCCUUGAACCUUAUUUGGUGCCUUCUCCAGUUCUGCAGAACGAAAAAGAACAAAAGUCAGUUCAGACAUGGGCUUUGAUUUGUGACGAGUUGCUGUCACGAUCCAUUACUGAUGGCACGUGCUUCCAGCUGCGUCAGAAUGAUGUUUCUCUUCUCUGUAAUGUGAAAACAUUACCACAUUUCAAUAUAACUGAAGAAGUUGUGGACCCAAAAUCGAAUAAAUUUGUGCUUCGUCUAAAUUCAGAAACAUCAGUGUAAUAUAAGGAUUGACAGUAUUACUUUUUUUACUUUUGUAUGUAUUACUUCAUAUUAAAAUAAAUGUUGCCUUUACUCUUUGCUAUUCAGACUUUUUAUAUAAAAUUUUUUUGUAAUGUAAUAUAUAAACAUACUGUGCUUCAUGUAUAGUGCAUCGCGUAACAACAGACAGCUUAUACCAUAAACCUGAAAACUUUUGGACUGCUGUUGUCAUUUUAAAGGGUUCCUUAUGACUGAAAUAAUUGACACAUUAUUUGUGGAUAAAUGACAGCAUGUAACCUAUAUGUUUAGUAAUUACGGUGUUUAUGAUUUGUACAUUUUGAGAAAGACAAGGAUGAAAGAUUCUUCUUUGUUGACAAACGUGAUUCUAAAGUAAACUUUAUCCAAUUCAUAUAGCACAUAUUGGGUUUUGAUACUGAAAACCAUUAAGACAUUAUACUGCUCAGAAUAAGUUUUGUGAGCCUGUUCAGUCUGCAUUAUGUGAGUAAUGUAAAGCAUAUUUUAAGCAAAACUGAUUUAAAAGUUUCUUGCAUUUUAUUCUUAAAUUGCAGUGCACAUUCACAUAGAAUGUGUAUUUGUACUGAUUAGCAUUAGUUAGCAGUUUUGAUUUAUUAAACUGAUGGUCUGUUUUGCGCAGGUGUUAUUGGAGUACUACGCAGAACAGCGUUUUGCAGAACUAUAGGCACAAAGUUAGUUUUAGUGCAGUUCCAACAAACUUCAAGUGAAAGUGUGCCGCCUAGGGCUUUCACCUAUUUUCUGUUUUUGUUAUUACUUGAAAUAGAUGUUUAAUGUGCAAUUUCUGGCAAAUGUUGGAAAUGCAGAAUAAUAAAAGCACAAAACAAAAUUAACAAAUAAUAUUUGUUUACAUGCUUCCUAUAUGAACUGUACACUCUUAUCGCCUCACUUCAGAAUGCUGUAACUAGUACUCAGUUUUGAAUAUUGAAUUAAUUUAGGUAUGCAGCACUCAAAGACUGCAGCAAACUGAACAGCUUUAACAAAAUUUAAAUAUUUUUUUGUAAUUAUAUGUUGUGGAAAUAUAUAUAAUGUAUAAAGUUUAGCUAGUGAUAACAUUGUUCUCAGAGUGAUGUGCUUGUGAGUGUGACUUUUGUAGAACAUUUGAGAAGUGUAGUGAUUUUGGAGAAUUGAGUGAUAGAUAUAAAAAUUUCAUUUAUUUUAAGUGUAGUGAACAGUCGAUUGAUACAGAAACAUCAAUUUUUGUGAUACAUUUCAUUCCUCAAAAUAUUUAUGACAAAGUUUUGUAUUAUAAAAGGAUACACUGGAGUGCCUCUGAUUCCUCAGGAGUUUUAGCAACAUUGAAUCACUCAUAUGGAAGAAAAGAACUAAAAUAUAUUAUCUGUAUAUUCAUUAAAGCACCACUAUGCAGAGUGAGAAUAUUGUAAUUUGUGAGAAUUAUUGUCUGAAGAAGACCUGAUUUGCAGCUUUAAUACUUGACUUCUUCUCAUCAAAUGAAGAAUAAUGUACAGUUUUUUUAAUAAAGAAUUUUAUAUUGUGAUUUUGUUUUUCGAGUUCAUGGAAACUUGAACACUGUAAGUAUGAGGUGUGCCUAAAAUGUAAUGGGACUGAUUUCCUAGAAAUACCUAAGCUACAAAUUAACAUUUUUGUGUAGAAAUGUUUGCCUCUAUAUAAUGACAUUGUUGUUAACAGACCACCAAAUAUUAGCAAAAACAGUUCCAUUGAAUCUCAGUGUACUUCUACUCUCAGGGCUUCAGCUCCCUGUAAGAAUGUUGGAAAUAGGCUUCUCAGUUAUUUACUUUUCAGCCCUUCAAAUGUCCUUAGUUGCAAAACAUUUGCUUAUUGGGUUGUUUUUAGUUUAGUUAGAGGCUCGAAGCUAUUGUUUUGGCUCAUAGGUGGGAAUUGGCUAUCAUGCAGAAUUGAAACUGUAACCUUCCUGCCAAAAUUUAUCAUUAUAUGAGCUGCCUUUGCUUUAAAUAUGAUGCUAGCUCAUAUUGAAGUGCAAACUAGUGCUUGAAACACUUUUUUUGUAUAUACUUUCUAGUAUAGCAACUGAAGUAAUGAGUUUGUUAGUUAGUUUAUCCUUUCCUGUUCUACACUCAUACCUUUAAUCUAUAAAUAUUUAUUUGGUAUCAAGUGUAUGUUUGCACCUCAUUUAGAUAGUGUUUGUGGAUAGUUUACUCUAGUGGCUCCAUACCCACAGUUCUUCAGAUUUAUCUCCUGUCUCCAGCCAUCCUAAUUUAGGUUUUCCGUGAUUUCCCUAAAUCGUUUCAGGCCAAUGCCGGAAUGGUUCCUUUGAAAGGGCAUGGCCGAUUUCCUUCCCAAUCCUUCCCUAACCCGAGCUUGCGCUCCGUCUUUAAUGACCUCGUUGUCGACGGGACGUUAAACACUGACCAUCUUCAGAUUUAUGUAUUGCUGAAUAUGCCCAGUUUUUUUAUUAUUUUUACUUUUCCUCUUUAUCUGAUGUAUACUUUCUGAAUCCUCUUGUUCUCCUCUCUUCAGCAUUCAGGCCAUCGUAUCAUACUAUUUAAAGUGUGAAUGUAAAUUUUACAGUAUCUUUGGUUUGGUUCAAGAAGUUCUACUGGGGGCAUUAAAUAGAAGACCUGUUGUUCUUAUUAUUUCCACGAUCUUAUCAUCAUCCUUCACAUAAAUAACACAACAUAACAUGAAUUUUGUGAUUUCUUCUAGUGGAUAACCAUUCACUGUAAUAUUGUUCAAUUCCGCGCUCUUGCUAAUUAUCAUGGUCUUUGUUUUUGCAGUUUCAUCCCAAUUUCUUUCAUGAGUAACUCCUCUAAUUACUGUGAUUUUUUUGUUUUUGUUACAGUCACAUUCAUUCUUUUAUUUGUCAGCUUUUCUAAAUAUUAUGGUUUCGUUUUUUCCAUGCUUGUCCCCAUUUCAUUCUUCACAAACCCCUCUAAUUAUAUGGCCUUUGUUGACAUCUCUGUUACUUUGUGUGUCAAUCUUCUACACACAUAUUGAUAUAAAUUUGUCGAUUCUAUUCAUUGAGAGCUUUUAUCAUAUGACCAGCCACAAAUAUGAGGCUGUCCAGCCACAUAGUUGGAGUAAUUUGUUUCUUUACUCUACCAUGACAUUGCUUUAUAAAGUCUCCAGUGAGUGAGAGAGAGAGAGAGAGAGAGAGAGAGAGAGAGAGAGAGAGAGAGACCAGUAGAUUGAAAUUAGUCAUGACUGACUCCUUGCUUUGUAAUAUGCUCAGUAUUCUAGUAGUAUCCUGUUCCCACAUAAUUCCUGUGUUUCCUUUAUAGACUGCUAAUGGAAAGACACAAAGCUUGACUGAAAUCAUAUCCCGUUGAUAUAAGUGUGAUAAUGGAAAAUCCUUGGUGGUAUACAAGUGAUGGAAGGAGUGAAAGUAACAACUCACCUGAUAACACAAACAUUGCAUUGUUAACAGGAACAUAAACAAGACUGAAAAUUUGUGAAGCUUUUGGGCUAGUUGCCACUAGUACAGAAAACACACUUGCUCACUCACUGUGCGUGCGUGCGUGCGUGCGUGCCUGUGUGUAUGUGUGUGUGUGUAUGUGUGUGUGUGUGUGUGUGUGUGUAGGAAUGUUGUGCACUGGUUAGCUCUAAAGGGGGACAUGGUCCAAAAGCUCAUAACAUUUUCAAUCUUGUGUAUGUGCCUAUUGGCUACUCAGUGCCUCAACUAUAGAGAGAGAGAGAGAGAGAGAGAGAGAGAGUUAUUACCUUUACUCCUUCCAUUAAUUAUAUUCACACUGAAAUGCAUAGAAUUUUGCUCCAGGAACCCUAUCAAAACCUUGUAUGAGAUUUGAAAAAUGCAAUUUUCCAUCAAUAUUUUUGCUAGUCAUUGUAGCUUCAUAAAUAAAAUCUUGGGCGCUUCUUCCAAGAUCCUUGCAAAGAAUUUUGCACUAAUAGCAGUGAAAUGCAUUGAUGGUAGUUACUUUCUUAGUGGUUCCCUGACUCAAAGAUGGAGCUAACAGCAAUUUCCCAAUCACUGAAGUUAUUUUUGUGUUACAAACAUGUGCCAAACCUUGAGUAGUCAAGUGUCUUGCUUUCUGUCAUAUGCUUUUAACCAUGCCCAGGUAGAACUCAAGAUUCAUAAUCCCACUACACUCUAUUGGAUAUUGUCACAGUAUUGCUAUGAAGUAUGGUUCAGAGUUCCAUUUCAUAAUGCUGUGAAGUGUUUCAUCAUAAUUACAUGAAAUACACUUACCUGUAAUUGCGUACUGGAUAAAAUAUUUCUCUGCCACAAGCUGCUGGUGCUGCCAAAGGGGCAAUUCAACAGUAUUUAGAGUCUUGUAAAUUAAAAGCUCAGUCUCAUUCACUUAAACACACCUUAUAUACAACUUAGAAAUUUUGUUGAUGUUAGAACAUGUAUUCAUAAUGUUUUACAUGAAUGACGUUUUUGCUCAGAAUCUCAACAGUAUGAUUUAUUACAAGAUAUUUAUCUCAAAAGUAUUUCAUGGCAUAAAUAUUGGUUAUCUGCAAUAAAAUUGUGUCCUCAGCAACUGUUGUU